GGCCCGGAAGUAAUACUAGCAGUAUUUUGGGCGUGCAACAGAGAGCUGCGGUUGUCCUAUAAAGUUGUCCUGUACUUUGCGUUCAGUGCUGUAGCAGUAGUUUUAUUAAUGAAUGAUUUAUUGAAUACGCAUUGACCGGACUCUGAGGCUGUGGAGACAUGGUGGGCUUUGACCCGUCGGCUCAGGGUGCAGUCCGCUCCCCGGAGGAGGCAGCCCUGGCCGGGUCAGCUGCUGGGAUGGUGACGCGAGCCCUCAUCAGCCCCUUGGACGUGCUUAAAAUCAGAUUCCAGCUGCAGAUUGAGCGUGUGUCCUCACAGCAGCCGGAGGGGAAGUAUCGGGGAUUAUUCCAGGCAUCCCGCUGCAUUCAUUCAGAGGAGGGACUCUUUGCUUUCUGGAAGGGCCACAUCCCUGCACAGCUGCUCUCCAUCUGCUUUGGCGCCGUGCAGUUUGCCAGUUUUGAGUUACUGACUGAGGCGGCGCACAAGACGACGUCGUAUGACAGUCAGACAGCCGGAGUUCACUUCGUGUGCGGCGGUCUGGCUGCCUGCUCGGCCACAGUGGUGUGCCAGCCUCUGGACACACUGCGGACACGCUUUGCAGCUCAGGGAGAACCCAAAGUGUACAGAAACCUGCGACAUGCCGUGUCCACAAUGUGCCGCUCAGAGGGAGUGCUCACGUUUUACCGCGGCCUGGCUCCCACUCUGAUGGCCGUGUUCCCGUACGCCGGGCUGCAGUUCUUCACCUACAACGUCUUUAAAAAGGUUCUGGCUCCAUCAUCUGACGCUGGGAAGUCUGGAGGAAACUUGAGAAGUCUGAUCUGUGGCAGUGGAGCUGGAGUGAUCAGCAAAACGAUCACGUACCCCUUCGACCUCUUCAAAAAGAGGCUGCAGGUGGGCGGCUUCGAGGCAGCCAGAGUUCACUUUGGACAGGUGCGGAGCUACAGAGGCCUGGUGGACUGCAUGCUUCAGAUAGCCAAAGAGGAGGGUCUCCGAGGUUUCUUCAAAGGCCUCUCGCCAAGCCUGGUGAAAGCGGCGCUGUCCACAGGAUUCACUUUCUUCUGGUAUGAGUUUUUCCUCAAUGCCAUGCGUAACCACAGGGAGCGUCAGAGAACAAAAGACUUGAUUCAAGACUCAAAGGGAAGAUAACGAAGGAAGAGGGAAAAGUAAAAUCGGCUGGAUCACGCACAUCAGAAAACAAACGGGCGCUUUAUUCUUCACUUUCUCCUCACACACAUAUCAACCUGCUCAAUGCUCUGUGCUGUUCUCUCGUGUUUACAUGAAGGAGAAACAUGACCUCAUUUAUUAUGUGUUUGUGCUCUUAUUAUCACAUCGUGUGUUGUUGUUUUAUUUCAGACUGUUUUAAAAAAGUAUUUAAUGUUUCACUCUGAGGGUGGAGGUUUUGGGUCGCCUGCUUUGGGGAGACGUCCAAACUGAACUUUGCACAUUUUAAAUCUUCGGCCUUCAUACCGAAGUUGAUGUUGUUAACUCACAGCGUGUGGAGCAGAAUUAGCUUUGAUUUUAUCGACAGAAACAUGCACACUUUUUGGAUUUUUAAUUUAUUUGAUUGUAAACAUUGUCAGGGUUUAUUGGAUCCGGUGAGUGAAAGGUCAAAAUGCACUGCUCACUGUCCUGCUGAGGGAACCUCUAAACACAGACUGUGGCUGCUGCUCCUUCAUGUCUGUGCAACACUUUCACUUUCAGGUCAUCCUUUUUAUAAAUAAAACUUGUUUUUUUAAUGAA